UCAUCACAAUCCACCUUUCAAAGAAGACUUGAAUUAAAGCAGACAUUAUAGAGGUCAUACCACAAGAUGUAUCAAACUCUUCAGCAGUACGAAUCAGAAAGCCAGACUGGAACCUAAUUAACCUCUACCAAAGUGAUGGAAAGGACAAAGUGUGGAGAAAGAAAGCAUCUGCUCAUGAUUCAAAACAUACAAGCUCAUUGGUCAAGCAUGGUGGAGGGAGUGUCAUGGCUGCUUCUGGAACAUUCUCACUAAUCUUUAUUGAUGAUGGAACUCAUGAUGGUAGCAGCAGAAUGAAUUCAGAAGUCUACAGAAACAUUCUGUCUUCUGCCACCUCACACACUGCCACCUCAACACAGGACUUUAUCAGGGAGAAAAGUGGAAGGUUUUAGACUGGACAAGUCAAUCACCAAACCUUAACCCAACUGAGCAAUAUUUCAGUUCCUGAAGUGGAGACUGAGGGGAGAAACCCCCGAAACAAACAACUACUGAAAGAGGCUGCGGUUCAAUCCUGGAAAAGCAUAAAAAAAGAAGAAACCAACAGUUUGGUGAUGUCAGUCGUUUCCUCUUUGUCUCUCGUCUGAUACACAAUGGUUCGGGUUGAAACUGUGUUUCUCUGUGCCAUGGGUUUUAUCUCAGAGAUUCUGUGCUCUUUAACUUUGGAGGCAGAAGCUGGAGAUAACGUCACUAUUUGGUGCCAACAUGAGCUGAAACAACCAGAUAAAAUCUUCUGGUUUAAACACACGUGUGAUUCAGUUCCACUUCUUCUUGCGUGUAAACGUUUUUUGGUAUCAGCUCCAUCAGAGAAUUGCUUGUUCUUUACUGAAAGUGAGAGAAUAGUGAUGUCUGUUCAUGGCAAGAACACGUCUCUCACAAUCACUGCAGUAACCGUCUCUGAUACAGGACUGUAUUACUGCAGCUCCAUGAAACAGAAUCGAGUGAUCUUUAGCAACUCGACCUCUUUACAAGUGAAAGGUGUAAAUAAAACAUUUUCUAAGAACCCGGACAGAGCAAAAGGUUCAGACUGUUCUGCUGUGUUCUUCAUGCUGAAUGCGGUGUUUGGUGCCGUGAUUGUGAUUCUUCUUGGUGUCCUGAUCUUCAUCAUACUGAAACACAGAAAAACUGAUAGAGGUGUUGAAGCAGAAGAUAAUGAGGUCCCCGAGUCGGACUCUGUGAAUUACGCUGCUCUUCAGUUCUCGAAGAAGAAAACCAAGAGGAUCAACAGACAUGAUGAAAAGGUGGAUCCACCCGUUAUCUAUUCUUCUGUCAGAAAGAGUAACAUGUGUACAUAAUGAUAUAAAUCAUUUACUGUACAUAGCAGAAGAUGUUUGUGAUCGUCCAGAGUUGAAGGAAUUCCACCAUUUAUAAAACCUUAUUUACAGACGUAUAUAUUAUUGUUUAAUCGCAAGAGCUUCAGGAUUAUGUACAUUUCUUCUUUUUUACUCUGAAUUUUGUACCAGGUCACUCAAUGUGUUAUUCAGAGUAAUAAAAUAUUAUUGUGCAAAUAGAAACAUUUCUUUUUCUUUUGUCCUCGUGUCUAAUCGAAUAACAGAUUUGUAGAGGCUCUGACAAUGCAAACUGCUCUUUGUGUCAGUUACUAAUGGUGAUAUUGUGUGAAAACCGUGUUACCAUAAAGCAAAGUUCAUCUAGUGUUGUGUGUGUGAUAAAUAGUCUCGAGGGCUGCUGUAGGAUGGGUUGAAGUAAAGAUAAUGAUUAUAUUAUUCAGCUGGAUUUUUAUGCUGAUUUUUGUGAAAAGAUUAAAUGAAUAAAUUAAGCGUUCUUUAGCUGAAGGUAAUAUAAGCUCUAGGUUAAUUCUGUUUUUUAUAUUUCUGAUUUGUUUAUCAAAAAGGGUUCUAUUCUAAGGGAUCUUUCAAUUAAAAUAUUUCCAACUAUUAACUCAAUAAACCCACACAGCAAAAUCCUAAUGUUAUAAUCUAUAAAAAAAAAAAAAAUUCAUUUCUAGUUUUUUCCCGCCCAUUUGUUUAGGCUAAAGC